AUGAAUCAGUACUCAAUACUCUUCGAAGAGAUCGCGCCUGAUAGGCCGUAUCUACAGAUCAUCUCUGGCGUGUGCUCCGAGUCGGGCCUCGACCGUGUCGAGGGCUCCGUCUCAGCACUGGUUCAGUGGCUGCGGGGCCAGGAGGAACAUGUCACUGCCGUCUACUUACUGCCAACGAGCACAGACGCGGACAUCGUCAUGGCGCACCUCAGUUCAAACGACGAACUGGACCCUUCGAUUGUGAGUAGACGACCCAGCCCAGCACAUGUGCUCAUCACAUCCUGUCAGGACUUUCUGAUAGAUGAGCUGGUGGGUGAAAUCCUCGCCGCUGAAAACGUGGUCGUUGUCGUCAACCUCGACCGCGGCAUAGUCAACUCGCACAUGGCGGCCAUGGCCACAACCAUCUUCUCAAAUUUAAAGCCCAGAGACCAGACGAAUAUGCGCAUGUUCGCGCUGAUCACCCUCUCGCACGAGAAUCUUUCAAAACCUGGGGCUACACAGAUACUUGAUCCCGAGCUUGUCUACCGUGCGGUGCGACGUGGAGGCUGGCAAGUCUCACAACACACCUUCACGCUCAAAGUUGAACGGGGCCAGGAUAGCUGGUCUAUGCGUACCAAGCAAAAGCCAGGUACCGAACAGUUCGACCGGGCCCAGAGGGCGAAUGCGCUCAACCAGCUGCAGGAGGUGUUUCAAAGGGACACGCAGAAGAAAGAGGCUUCGAGCUACAAGACAGUGCUGCUGAUGAGCCAGGGGCGGUUCCGGAGGCUCGUAGCCUCCAUCACAUUCGUCAAAGUCAGGGCCUCCUUUAUCCACGGUGGGACACCCGCCACACAGGUCAGGAGGGUCCUCGAGGACCAGCAGCCGGGCUUCGUCGUCAUUGGUAUCUCCACGGAGGUCGGCAUCCUGCCCCGUAUCCCCGGCCUGAGGACGGUCAUCGCUGAUUUCUACGCCGACCGGUUCGAUUUCGAUGAUGCCGUGGGCCAUUCGGUAGCCCAUGAGAAAGAUGCCUUCUUCAUUCGCACGGAGCAACUGCUUGAUGUCGUCAAUGGGUCCUCGGACGUGAAUAUCGUCACCUUGUGUCUCGACAAGGAGGUCAGUCCGACGAUGCUGCGACAGAUCCCAGCACAUCAUACGGGGGAGAUGUUCCACCUGAUCAUGAGGGUGGCGGCGAUAUGCCCUGAGUUGCCCUUGCUGCAUGUGCCCUGCCUGGUGCUCCCAGAUGAGCUCCCCCGGUUCUAUGAGCGCCUGAGGCGUCUCCACAUGUGGGGCCUCGUCAAGCUCAGCGGCUGGAACCACAACUGCAUGAUCUCCCUCGGUGGCCCGAGGGCUCAGCUGAUGGGCGAGCUGGCUCAACAUGAAACCAACAUCCACAGCCUGAACCUCCUGGCCAGCGCAAUGUACGGUGGAACAAAGAUGUCCAUCAAGGAGCGGCGUGUACUUGUGUGGCUUGCUGCGAUCAUCGCGCAUGGUCCAUCAGCCGUCCUCGUCCACCCAGACAAAGACACUCGCUACUCCGAGGAGAAGGUGGGAGGUGGUUCUGUUCCUCCCAUCGGCCGAAGGGGUGAGAUUUGGUCGGCUUUCCUGGGAAUGUGUUACUUCUACACCAACAAGACCUCCGCAGCCAAGACGCCAUAUGCGGUCGACGAGGCCGAGGCCCAGCAGGUGCUGGAGAGGAUCCGAUGGUGGCUGGACUCCGCUCAACUUACCGAACCUGAGGAAGAUUCUACAGAUGCGGGACAGCUUUCGCACGGCGAGAUCGCGCUCAUCGACCGAGAGCUUGUCCGGGCCUUCAUCUACAACAUUUGCAUGUACGACAAGGUCACCCACAGGCUGGUGGAUCUCCUCUCAGAGAAGGAGAUCCGGCUUGACUCAGUGGCUCGGCCGAACCUGGAAGCCCAUGGCGGCAUGACAGACGAGAAGGUCGUGUUUGCAGUCUACACUCAGCUGGAAAAGCUAUCUGCCGAUUAUGGCGCAAGGAACCUCACCGUGGUGUCCCACGAUGCAGUGUACACCGAGCUGCUACGCAUUGCACCUCGAGCAAGUGUUCGGCCGGGGCAGUCUCCUAUCGACUUGGACAUUCUCCGCCCAAGGACUGCGCCAGUUUUGGCCCCAACGGCGGGCGAGCCCCUGGCACCCGAGGCCGAUGAACCUGCGGGAGUGUCAAAUGACAACUUCCCAGUGCAGAAGAGUCGGCAGUUCAAGUUGGGCUAUGGCGACCAGCUUGUCAUUGACAACUAUUAUCGCUAUAGCUAG